CCGGACUGAGAGGGAUGAGGGGAGGGACCGCGGACCGGCCGGCCGACUGCGGGGAGGAGCGGGGUGCGGGUGGCGCCGUGUGAAAGCGCUCGGUGGCUGGACGGUCUGCCGGCAGGCGACAUCCCUCUGCAGUGCCGCAGGGCACCAAAUCCUGCCAGAGAGUGCAGGAGAGACGUUGAAUUCAAAUAAUGGUUGACCUGACUGCUAGCCGAGCACGUAGAAGACGACGAAAGAGUGCCCGCAGUGAAGCCACUGGUACAAAAGGGUCACCGGAAAGGAAGCGCUGUCAUGUCAAUAAGCUGCCCACCGAAGUCCUGCAGAAGAUCUUCUCGUACCUGAAGGUGGAGGAACAGCUCCUGGCACGCCAAGUGUGCAGCCGAUGGCGGGCGGUGGCGGACAGCUGUCUGGCGCUGCGGCGAGACCUCUACCUCAGCGGCAAACCGCCGCCGCUGGUGACCGUCACUGACGACCUGCUCGAGUGGCUCCUGCCCAGGAUGCCCCGCCUGCGGUGUCUGGUGAUCGGCCGAGCCGGUCAGCAGCGGCCACUCAAUUUAGACAUUGUUUCACGCCACUGCCGCCACCUCUGCCUAGCGGUGCUGGCGCCGUUUCACGUGGACGAGCCGUCGCUGCGCCGACUGUGCGCCAGCUGCCCCCGGCUGAGGGCGGUCGUGCUACCGCCGCAGUGCCGCCGCCGGCCCCUGCUGGGUCCCCUGCUGGCCGAGCUGCUGCCCCAGCUGCGCUACUGGGCGUCCCAGCCGGUCUGUCACCGCCGCCGGCGCCGCUCCCACCGCCGGCACCGGUGCGAGCGUUCCCGCGCCGACAAUUAGACCACUCGGGAUCCGACUCCCACUCGUCUGUGCAGUGAGAUGGACCGGGCACUGCGUUAUGACAAAUGUUAUAAAAUGUUUGUUUGAUUUUAUCGUCCCGUUUUACAUGAACUUUGACUAUAGACGAUUGGAAUGCUAUAAGAAUUCGUCCGUUGGCGCGAUUGCAUGAGCUAGGUAUUUACGGGUAAAUAAUAUGCAAGUAAAGAGUUUGUACCCAUCUUACUUGUGAUGUUCAAGCCUGUGCCAGCAAGAGGAAGCCAUAAUAAACAUCAUUUAUUACGUUA